CACAGAUGGAUCAUAAGACUGAAAUCUGCCGUCUGGCCGACGGUGCCACAAUUGCGUACCAUGUCCUGAACUCGGCUUCGAAUGCCUUACCUCUGGUGCUCGUGAACGGCUGGGCCUCACUCAUGAGUGAUUGGGAGCCCCUUGCCAGCUGUGUUGCGCAGACACGGCCAGUACUAGUUUUUGACCAUCGCGGAAUCGGAGAAUCCACCUUCGUCGAUGUCAAGGGCGACGAUACGACGAUAGAAUCCAUGGCACGCGACCUGCUCGAGCUGCUGCGUCAUUUGAAGUGGCAGCGGCUGGCCUUAUGCGGCUCGUCCAUAGGAGGUGCGGUGGUACAGCAACUCCUGCUACUCCCGUAUCAUCCAGUCAGGCCCACGCCGUUACCAUUCGAGGUCAAGCACGUCGUUUUGGCAAAUACUAUGGGCUCAGUACCUCCGAUGCUGGAGCGUCAACCACCACGAGGUGAUCCCAACACGGAAGAGGGCAGGUUGAAGAACGCCAUGCAAGUCGUAGAGACAAUCUUCGAUCCAGAGUGGAUCAACGACCCUAAGAAUGCCGACGACAUCGAGGGAUGGGCACGUCAAUUCGCUAAACCUAGACAGAAGGAAGCCAUUGCCGGUCAGACAAAAGCAAGCCGCGGAAUGGACUUCGGCGACUUGCACGCCCAGCUUCCACGCGACAUGCAAUUCCUCGUCAUCCACGGUACUUUGGACAGCGUCGUCCCGUAUUCGUUCAGCGAGGAGAUCGUGCAAAAGAUCCCUUGGGCGCGUCGAGUAGAGGUCGGAUCGGGACGUGGACAAAUCCCGCACUACGACUUCGGGCACCAGUGGUACGGAUACUUCGACGUGGAAAGGUGGCGCGACGUAAUUGAGGCGUUCUUGAAGUCGCCUGCGAGGUCAAUAGCGGACACGGAAGGGCGUGCGAAGCUUUGAAUAGCGGCAGAGAAUGUGCUUUGACGCGCUGAAGUGUAAUGAUAGAACAGAGGAUAUAGCGGCAGCACGCACUCGAGCU